UUUUAAAUAUUACUGUGUUCUAUGUCUGCUGAAAAUUGUUAACAUAGUGAGGACAAUGGGUGGAAACAAGAAGUAUAGGGCUCUUCGACAGGAUCAUGGCAACUUCUCCUGGGGCAGUAAAGCAAUCACACGUAAGACACGUGUCAUUGAUGUGGUGUACAACCCGUCCAACAAUGAGUUUGUGCGUACAAAGACACUUGUGAAGAGCCCCAUCAUACAGAUUGACUCUACCCUAUUCAGGCAGUGGUACGAAGCUCACUACGCCACACCCCUUGGACGCAAGAAGGGUGUCAAACUGUCUGAGGAAGAUGAGGCAGUGCUGAACAAAGUGCGUUCAAAAAAGACCCAGAAGAAAUACAAUGAGAGGAAGAAACAAGCCAAAGUGGAGCAAGCCUUCGAAGAACAGUUUGCCACUGGGAGAGUUCUUGCCAAGAUCUCCUCUCGGCCAGGACAGUGUGGCCGAGUGCAUGGUUACAUCCUCGAAGGCAAAGAGUUGGAGUUCUUUUCCAGGAAAAUGAAGUCCAAGAAGGCUAAAUAA